AAAAACUACAGGUUUGUUUUUUUAAGUUGGGUAAACUGACAUAAUCUUGGUUGGCCUACUUUAGUGUAGGCUAAAUAUCUGAUACCAGAAAGUUUAGAUUUUAGAACACAGCACAAUAAAAAGAAGCCAAAGAAAUGUGAUCAUAACAUUACAAAUUCAAAGCCAUGUGUUAGGAUUGUUAAAUGUUCUUAAUGAUGCAAUGUGAAGAAAUUGUUUUAGUGACUAACAUAGUCACUAUUUGAAAUGCCACAAAGUUACUGUAGCAUUACUUGUAGAAAGUAGAUCAGACCCACAAGAACUAUGACAAGAAACGAAGUUAUAUGAUAGAACGUAAGGCCAAAGAGAAUGACCAAGCUCGAUCAACAGAAGACACACCGUCACGACGUGGAGACAGAUUUAUUGACAGAUGCUCACCACAAAACAAAAACUACUCAACAUGGUGCUGAUGUUUUAGUAUUGGACAGUGUCCACUCGUGGAUCAUUUGUUUCGCUAAUUUUGUCAUGAUGACCUUAGGCUCUUCUUUUGGACGCACAAUCAACAUGACGUUUCUAAGUUUUGUGGAAGAUUUUCAAGUUUCUCUCACGAAAGCAUCUUUGGGAUUUACCCUACAACUUGUCAGCUUCAGUUUAUCAUCCAUGCUAGUCACUGCCUUACUUGUACCUAAGACAGGGGAGAGAGUUACGUGCAUCAUUGGGUCAAUACUUGGAAGUGUGUGUACAAUAGCUAUAGGUGCAUCGCCCAAUAUUGCAUGUUUUCUAGUUUUUAUGGCAUUGAAAGGUGUGUCUACUGGUACAACAGCAGUAGCAUCAAUCGCAAUGAUAAGUCAGUAUUUUGACAAGAGAAAAUCUUUUGCUACAGCUGUGGCAUGUAGUGGGCUAGCUCUUGGUUCGAUGGGAGCGCCACCUGCAGCAACGUAUUUCAUUGAGGUCUACGGUAAAAGAGGAGCAUUUCUUCUUCUCGGUGCUCUGGAAAUGAACAACAUUUGUAUGUCCAUACUGUUACGACCCACUAGCAGAUACACUCACAUUGUUAAAUCAGAUGAAGGAAUGGAUGGUAGACCUAACGUGGAAAACCAAGCAGAACUUCAGAAGGAGCUAGAGGGAAACACUGAUGACAUUCAGGAUGGAGGUACAAAUACUGAUGCCUUGUUAGACACGAACUCCGAUCAGGACAUGAAUCUUAAGCAUAAACAGACAUCAAUUGUUGAUAAGAAUCAUGCUGCUCAAACCACAAACCAUGAUGUCAACAGAGCCAAUCAAACAAACGUAAAAUCACCAGAAGAAAUUUUGUUGAAACCACAAGGACAGGAAUCUUUCUCUAAGUUCAACGACUCUGGUAAUAUUCUAACCCAUAAUGAGUGUGACGCUGAGUCUGAACAUUUAAAUCUUGAUAUUUGGCGAAAAAACUCCAGACCUUCCCGUUCCAUUUCCAUUGAAAUCAAUGGGAAAUGUUUCCAUCACGACGCUACAAGUUUCAGUCGGUCAAACAGCAACAUGACAUCAGUUCGAGAAAGAUUAAAUUCUUACGACAGUCAUUACAAAUACUUUCAGCCUGAUAGACUGAACAUUGCCAGUACCUGGAGUAUUAUAAGCACUCCAGUAAGUGAUGUUUUGGUCGGCUUUGAAAUAUGUACUCUGCAAGAAAACCCCUGUCUUUCAGACCAAGGGUCUACGGACAUGCGCAACAAAAGUUGUUUGAUGAGAUUUCUGAUGUGGCUCCACGAUGCCUUCAACAUUCAUCUGUUUCAAUCCUGGUCGCUCAGAGCUCUUCUACUCUACAAUAUUACAGCCGUCCUUGUUCUCUAUUUGUCGACUUACUUCCCUACCAUAGGAGCUAAAGCUGGACUUGCUCAAGACGAUAUAGCUCUAAUGUUAAUUAUAAGUGGUGGCGUUGACUUCAUUAGUAGAUUAGCAAUAGGAGCUUUCACUGACCUACAUAUAUUGACGACCACACAGAUUGUUGCCAUAGCUCAAGCCAUAAUUGGCACAACUUGUCACUUUACACAUUUCUACACAUCUUUUGAGUCCUUGAUGGUGCUAGCAGUUAUCAUAGGACUGUUUGGUGGAUUGAGGCAGAGUUUAGGAACUUUGAUUUGUCUUCAGUUUAUGGGAAAAGAACGCUAUGUUCAAGCACUGGGCUUCCAAACAAUGGUAUCAACACUUACUAUGGCUGUGCACCAUCCAUUGUUAAGCAGCAUCAUGGAACUGAGUGGAUCUUUCAAUACUUCCUUGCACUAUGUGGGUGUGGCAGCUUAUUUGAGUGUUUUUAUUCUGUUAUUGGAACCACUCACUAAAAAACUAGAUGCCAAAAAAAAUUUACAAGAAAAUGAAACAUGAAUUAUCAGAAAUAAAUUGGAAAAUGAAA